AUGGUGAACGAGGACGUAGAUUUAAGGAGUAAACCCGGCGUGGGUGUGAUGCCGGGGUCUCCGCAGGGUUCGUCUCGGAGAUCAAGCUCUGGUGCCAAAGCCAAGGGUCCCAAACCUCCAAAAGUGGAAGUGGGUGGCUCAGCUAGGUCAUCUCGACCUAUCGGAGGAUUCAGCUUCUCACAUAGCUUGUGCUCCUUGGUUGGCAAGUAUGGACCAAUCUUUACGGUCAAUAUUGGCAUCCACUCCGCUUUGGUGAUAAGUACUUGGGAGGUGGCCAAGGAUUGCCACACGAACGGUAUAGCUGUUCCUCCCGUCCUGCUACGCUAG